CGGGGGCCUCUGAGGCCAGAUGGAGUUCAGCCUCCAGGGCACGGGCCUGGGCAUCCAGGGCCUGCAGCCGGGCGGCGUGCUCGGCAGUGGCGGCGCUCAGGGCUUGCAGGCGUGCCUGCCCCUCACGCUCCCGCACCUGCUCCCGCCUGAGCUCCUGCUCCCAGAAGGCCUCCUGACCCAGCUCCAGUGCGUUCCUCCGCACCCUUCGCUCCAGGCCCUGCAGGUCUGCACAGGAGCCUGGCAUUGGUGCUACGGGGGCCACAGGCUCGGGCAGCGCAGGGAUGGGGGCCGGCCCAGGGCACCCAAGGCUGAAGGUCAGUGCUUUGCGGGGCUCGUGGCCCAGGGCUGGCCGUGGCUUCGGGGGGAGGCUGGCCCGGACUGGGCAGCGUUCAGGAGGUGGGCAGCUGUCUGAGGAGGGCCUUCCUGCGAGGCUGGGCCCUGUCCGCCUCAGGACAAACUGGACAUCACUGGCAAACUGUCCACAGGUGGCCUGGGCACCCACUGGACACUCCUGGGGCAGCAGCUGCCGUUCCUUCUCCCUGAGACGCUGCACGAGCACAAAGCGGCCCGUCUGGCCUGGGGUAGGAGGAGAGGGGUCAGCCUAGAUCCCCCCCACCCUCCAUCCACCUGGCUUAAGAAGUUGAGGGAGAGCAACAGGGAUCAGCAACCAGCCCCACCCUCCUUGGGGGAAAGGGGCCAUAGGAGCGGGCCCAGUCUCGGGUGCACCUGCUGGGCCAUCUGUGCCGGAAAGGACUCACCUAUUGCUUGGGCUAGCGCGAUGACCACUUCCUGACAGGUGGUCUGCUCUGAGACCCCACAGACCACGCGCUGUAUGCCAUCCACCCACACCUUCAGCUCCAUGGCUGCUAGCCCUGAGAGCAUCCCUGUCCUGCACGGAGGGUGAAGGCCAGAGUCAAGCCCAGCCUGGCUCUCCUCUCUUCCCCCAGAACUGGCUCAGGGUUACUGUCCCCCUGACGUCAGCCCCGCUCUCCUGUGCCCAGCCCCACCCGUAGGCCACACAUUCUUGGGGUGGGAGUAGUGGAGACCCCCCCACCGCCACCCCCCGCAGGGGGAACCAGUCCGCCCUCAAGGGGCACUUUGAGGCUCCUCCACUGCCCAGCCUCCUCGCGCCUCACCCCAAUCCCGGAACGAGGCGAAUCAUUAACCAGAUCCAGGACUUCCUGCCUCCCCAGUCACCUGGCUCGAAGGGCACUGCCCCUCCCACGGGACGCCGUCCUCAGGCACCCAAGGGCGCCCUCACGAAAACACGGCUUCCCUCUGCCAUGGGAACGCCCCCUCGCCCGAGACGCAGACCUCGGCCCUCCGAAGGCACGGAACCGCGCCUGGGCGGUCCCUGCCGGCGCGGGCAGCCCCCUUCCCGCUCCCCACAGCCGCCGCGCUUGCCGUCUCUGCGGCGGGGGCCGUUGCAGGUGCUGCGGGGCCCCCUACGGCCGCCCAGCCCGCGCCCCUCCGUCGGAGUUGCCGCCCGGAGCCGUGCCCCGCACUCGGGAGGAUCUGGGGCCCUGCGCUUCUCACCUGGGCGCUCGCCGGCCUCCCGGACCUAGGCUCGAACUGGCUACUUCCCGGCGGCCGGCGCGGUCGCUGCCGCAACCUGCCGCCUCCAGCGCGGCGGGCGAGCCCCGGCCCGCAGCUCCAUUGGCCCGCAGCCCGAGCGCCCCGCCCCGAGCGCCCCCAUUGGUUCCCACCAUCGCCUCGUCCGCCCCGCGCCCACGCCCAUUGGCUACCUCUCUGAGCCCCGCCCCUCCCAUUGGCUCCCCGCCCGCCCCGCCCUCAGCGGCGCCCAGGUGUGGGCGGAGCUCGGCAGCGCGGAGGGGCGGGCCGAGCCUGGUCCACGCACUCCUGAGGACCGCGAACUACGCGGAAGCGCGUCCCUGGCCCCCGGGCGGCGCGUGGGACAGGUGUCUGGCUCCGCUCCCGGGCCGACCUCCUCAGAAACCUCCCAGUCUGAUGAGUCUUUUGCCUAGAGAGGGAGCGCUGGCCUGGGACCCUGCAGCUUCUGCGCCGAGAGGGGCAGCGGGGUCCCCAAGGCCAGGGCCCCACCGACCUUGCUCCCUUAGGGCGCGUCGUCGGGACGCACAGGGGUCGGGGAACCGUGAGCCCCCGCGGGAGGGAGGUGGAGCUGGCGGGCCACUGCAGCCAGGUUGGCAAUCCUGGUGAGGGGAGAAGGCCGCCUUCAGGUUGCUGGGGACAAAGCAAGACAUAGACCCUGGGCUCUUUUCCCCCACCCCUGCCUGCCCCCAGUGGAGCUCGGUGCCCUCUCGAGUUGUGGACGCCCGCGGGCACACUCCAGCCUGGUAGGACCCAAGCCAGCUUGGCAGCCAGGGUGCUUCAAAGCCUCAAUGCUGUCUGUGGACCAGGCAUUCAGAGCCCUGUUUCUGCCACGGGGUCCACCUGCCAGCCUGUAUGUUCCGCAGCACAGGAAGUCCUACAAAAACGCGAAGUUGAGAGAAAGGAAGAAAGGAAGGAAGGAAGGAAGGAAGGAAGGAAGGAAGGAAGGAAGGAAGGAAGGAAGGAAGAAAGAAAGAAAGAAAGAAAGAAAGAAAGAAAGAAAGAAAGAAAGAAAGAAAGAGAAAAAGUUAGAAAGGGGUCGGGGUGAAGGCUGGAGAGCAUCAGUUUGUGUGUCAGAUCUGGUGCUUCAUUUUUGGUGUGGGGCAGAGGGAACAGUUAUCGUGGUUAUGAGAGGUUCCCCGGGGCUCCCUGAGGUGACCCAGGGGGUAGAGAUGGAUGGGGGCAGGGGGGGCUUCUUGCUUGGGGGCCAGGUAGGUGGGCAUCAGCCUCUGAGGACAAAGAAGCUGUGGGAAACACUCAGGAGGGCCUCACUGCCGGGUAGAGUUCAGUAAGCCCCCACAUACAGGGCAGCAAUGCCCCCGAUACCCACCAAGUGCCACAGUCAGGCAGUCAGGCUGGGGGUGGUGGACUGUGUGGCCAUGGCAGGCCUGGCUGGUCGCUCUGUGGUUCCCUGGGCCUCCUGAGGUUCACUGGCCGACAACCCAGCCUCUUACCACCUCUCCUUCAGGCAGGAUCUGGAGGUGGGUCCAGGACUCACUCAGGGUCCUGGUCUGGGGUCUCCCUGGAAGCUGCUGGUAACAAACAGCCCCUCCCCUUUUGGUCCUGGUAUCCAUGGCAACACUGUAAAGCCUUUCUUUCCCUAGGCCUGCUUGGGUUUCAGGCCUCAGGUGAGUGUUGGGGGUAAGGCCCUGGGUCUGGGGGCAUCACGGGCAAAGGAUUAACACCUCUGGGGACCUUUGCCUUAGGCUGAGGGCAGGACCUCAGGUCAUAGAGGGCAAGGGUGACAGAGAGACAACAGGAAAUGUGCAAACAUCCUGGUGACAUGUUGCUUGGGGAAGGGGGUGGGGGACAGUUAUCUGCUGCCUUGUCCUGGUCAGAAACACAAAGACAUAGACACACAUGUGGCUGACAAUCUGGUGUCCUGGGGGCGUGCAUGUGCACAUGCACACGCACGUGCGCACACACACAAGGGCAUUUUUGGAGUGAUGCUGUCUAGGGCUGUCAGACACAGGCACACACUUGUGGCCAUGAAAGAAGAGCCCCACGUGGUACCUACCCAUGGGACACAAGGAUGACAGCCACACUACCCAUCUCAGCUCCCCCAGGAACAUCGAGAAUGGCCCCUGAGCCUUGCCAAGAGGCUGAAAAAGCUGAGAGACAGGCUGCCUUAUCCCUGGCGGACCAAGAGCCGGUCAGUGACCACCUGGAGCCUCCAGCUGGCACACCCAAAGACCCAGUGGCUCCUGCAUGCCUGAAGGACACCAAGCCCAGCUCCACGCCCGUGGUCUUCCCCGUCAACCUGCAGUUGGCCCCUGAGUCCUUGGACCCCCGCACCCUGCGGCUGCUGUGGGGUCAGCGGGAACUGGAGAUCCAGGCUCUGCGGUGGACCAUCCAGAACCGCCAGAAUGCCCGGCACUGCCACAUCCUGUACGAGCUGGCUGGACUGCCACCCGAGAGUUGCUCACACAGUCAGGAGAAGCUCCUGCAGAACCAGGUCCAGAAGCUGACUCUGGAGUUGAAAGGGCAGAAGGAACAGGCCCAACUGGAGAAGUCCCAGCUGGAGACUGAGCUGCAGGCGUUCCAGAGGUCCUGCCUCCUGCAGCUGGCCCGCUCCUCCUGGGUGGGUCGCGUGCUGCGAUCUUCCACCGGCAGUGUGGAGGUGGUAACUGCAGAAACUCUGAUGGACUCCAGUGACCUCUCUGAGAAUGAUCAGGUCCCCUCUACUGGAGAGGUAAGCAAGGCCCCCGUGUGCUUUCAUGGCUCGGUGGGCCCGUGGGAGGGGAGAGCCAUGUUCCUGUUGCUUCCUGGCCAGGGUUUCCGGCUGGAGGAUGUAGACUGGAACAGCAUUGCCCAUCGGUAUCCCAACCUCCUCGCCAACAUCAAGUCCAACUCAGAUCAAAAGCACCCCCGGGCCUUGCCAUCCCCACCGGCCCCAGUGCCUGGCCAGUGGGGCUCGGAGCUGCAUAGAGAGUGUGUGGAACAGCAUCUCAAGAGUGUCGAGUGGCGUUCCCUGCCCUCUGUGGGCACCAGCAGCUCAGGGGGCACAGACUCCGACCCCGGCAGUGGCUGGCUGGCUGAGCCUCAUCGCGUGCAGAAGGUGACGGGACAGCCACCCUGCGCUGCAGGCCGCAGUUCUGAGUUGACAAAACCACACCAGAGGAGCUUCGGCAGGGAAAUGCAGGCACUGCCUGAAGCCCCCAGGGCCAUCCCUCCUGCUGUGGAUCUGACCCCUGGAGCUGUUCCUCUCCCACGUGCGGCCUCAGGGUACUGCAGCCCCAUUAACUCCAGCCUGAAGAUCGUGGCCGUGAGCCGCAAGGAGAGGUUCGUGCGCGUCCUCAACCAGUCGCUGGAGGAGACCGCCGACCUGGGCGGCCUCACGCUGCGGCAGCUCCUGUACAGCUUCCCGGUGUGCAUGUACCGCUUCCCGCCCGGCACGCUGCUGGCUCCAGGGCACCACGUUACGGUUUGGGGCGAGGGCCCCAGCAGCACCAAGAAGCAGCCGCCGUCGUCCUUGGGCCAAGAGCCUGUCCACUUCCAUUCCGGCCGGGGAUGCGUGACUCUCCUCCUGAACCCCAAGGGCGAGGUCAGGGUCCUGAGCGAGCACCGGGCCCCCCACUGCGUGACCCCGGUCUCGAGGAUCUUCGCUGACAACACCGACCUCUCCGUAGACCGCUUCCCGCUCUCAGAGGACGGGCUUGGGGCGGACCCCGGGGAGCAUAGUCGCGGGCCUCAACACUCGCGCGCGGGCAGGGUGCGGGAGGCCGGAGCCAGACGCCGGAGGCCCGGGACGCGGGGCCUCUUGCCGCGGCUGAGCACCAGCAAGCUCUUCCGCCCGCGAGAGGUGCCGGCGCGGCCCGAGGCCGCCGAGACCCGCACGCCCGAUCUCCUGCCCGCCUUGCCCGGUGAGCGCAUGGGGACGCGGAGGGCGGUCGGACCGCCGGGGAGUGGGAGUCCGGCCGACCCCAUCCCGUCGCUGUCCCUCGCAGAGGCCGGGCUGUGCCUGGAGCACUGCGGGGCUAGGAAGGAGCACUGCGAGGCUAGCAAGGAGCACAGGCUCCGGGUGUGCCGGAGGAGCGUGGACCGGGGCUGCCCGAUGGUAGCGCUGUCAGUGCAGAGCACGGCUGAGAGCAGAUACGGCUUCCGCUUCCUCCCCUGCCCGCCGGUCACCGCGGACCCGGGCGCUCGGGUGUAGAAGGUGGAGGGCAGCGCGGGCGUGGGCGCCCAAGGCCGAUGGGCCGCGCUGGGAGAAAGUCGUGGGAGACCAGCAGUGCCAGCUGCACAAUUUAUUGAACCAACGUCGCCUAACGAAGUAAACCGCAUUCAUGUA